CUCGAGUGGGUUCCAGGUUUUGGAUCUAAUCGGCAGCCACAGGGAAAAUGCUGGAUCGCAUUGCUUGAUCGCAGGAGGGAAUGGCUUACUCGGGGAGUGGAAGAAGAAGACGAAGAAGAAGAAUCCAUUUUCAUCCGCUGGUUCUUCCCUUUCUCUGGAUCUCGCUCGCCAUUCCAAUCCAAGGAUCGCCGCGGGCGGAGGAAGCGCAAGCAUCACCAGAUUGCGUCUAUCGCUGCGGCAACACCACAGUGCCCUAUCCCUUCUUCAUCGCUCCCAGCUCGCCUCCUCCAUCGCAUCACUCCUGCGGGCACCUCAAGCUCCAUUGCGAGCACGGCACGCUCAAGCUCAAGAUCAGCGCCGCCAGCUACCGCGUCCUGGGCUUCACUCGCAGCAACGUGAUCAUCAUCGACCCACAGGGAUGCGGCGGUGGCGGUGGCGGUGGCGGCGGCGUUGGCGGCGCAGCUACCGCCCCGGCCUCCGCCGCUACCGCCCUUUCCUCCUCCUUCACGAUCUCCAACAACACAAACUACGCCCUCUCCUUUGGGAACCUCCUCAUGCUCUACGGCUGUACGAACAACACCGCGUGCUACAACAACUGCAACUUCAACAGCCGCGCGGUACACUGGCCGUACGCCGCCGGCGGGCAGCACGGCUGCGGCGUGACGCCGCAGUGCUGCUACGACCUCCAGUUCGCCAGCCUUACCGCGCUGCGCGACAUCGACCUGGGCAGCUUCAAUUGCUCGGGCUUCUCGAGCCUGGUGACUACUUUCAAGGAGAAGGGCGAGGAUGUGAGCGUGGAGGCCAGGGAGGGAUUGGGGCUCGAGUGGUGGCUCAAUGGUACCUGCCCGGCGGCGGGGGUGGCGGCGGCGGAGGGGAGUUUGUGCGCCAGGAAUGCAAUGUGUGUGGCGGGGACGUUUGGAGGGCAUACGUGUAGGUGUGAGGAGAAGUUCCACGGGGACCCUUACCGCGCGGGGUGCCGCCCAGAUGGCCGGCGGCAUUCCAAGGUCGUGCGAGGAUCGAUCAUGUUUGCGGGGAUUCUCGCGGGAGCUACAGUUCUAGCAGCGGUGGUGAUCGCGCUGGCGCUGCUCGCCGCCCGCUCGCGUCAUCACCGCCGCCGCCUGUCCACCACCUUCCGCAGCAUGCGCGACGCCAAGCAGCUCGCCAAGCUCGUCUCGCGCACCGGCAGCUCCAAGGCUGUCACCCUCUUCUCCUACAAGGACCUGGAGCGCGCCACCAAGGACUUCUCCCCGGCCCAGAUGCUCGGCCAUGGCGGUCACGGCACCGUCUACAAGGGCAAGCUCCCGGACGGCCGCGACGUCGCGGUGAAGCGCAUCAAUCACAUAAGCUCCCACGGGAUCGAGCAAGUUCUCAACGAGGUGAAAGUUUUACUGAGCGUCAGCCACCCCAAUCUCGUCCAGCUCCUCGGCUGCUGCCUCGAGGUCUAUGAUCCGCUCCUCGUCUACGAGUUCGUCCCCAAUGGGACGCUGGCGGAGCACCUCCAGCGGGAGCGCGGCGAUGGGCUCGACUGGUUCACCCGGGUGGCGAUCGCGGCGGAGGCGGCACAGGGCAUCGCGUAUCUCCACUCGCGCUCGCCGCCGAUUUACCACCGCGACGUAAAGUCAACGAACAUUCUCCUGGACGGUGAGUUCAACACGAAAGUUGGCGACUUUGGGCUGUCGCGGACGGCGCUGACCGAGGCCAGCCACGUGUCCACCGCGCCGCAAGGCACGCCCGGGUACGUGGACCCGGACUACCACCAGAGCUUCCAGCUGUCCGACAAGAGUGACGUGUACAGCUUCGGGGUGGUGCUGGUGGAGAUGAUCACUAGCAUGAAGGUGGUUGACUUCACGCGCGACAAGCGGGAGGUCAACCUGGCGGCGCUGGCGGUCGGCAAGAUCGCCACCGACUGCCUGGAUGAGAUCAUUGACCCGGCGCUCAUGAUCCAGGCGUGCAGGAACCCGGUGGUGAGGUGUAUGAUCCAGAGGAUGGCGGAGCUCGCGUUUCGGUGCCUGGCGCACGAGAAGGACGCGAGGCCGAGCAUGGCGGAGGUUUUUGACGAAGUGGAGGGGAUCCGGCAUUCGUGCCUCUCGCCCGGGGAUCACUCGCCCAUCCGGGACAUCAAGAUUGAUGAGAGCUUGCUGACUCCAAGGUGAUGGGAAAGGCGGGACGGACUAACUUGUAGAUAGACAAAUAAAAACGAGAAAAAUGCUUGUAAAUGCAGAAAAAAUGGAGGAAAUGUUUAGGCGGGAACCCUUUAAAGUCAAUGCUAGUCAACACUACAGCGUCA